AGUAGAAAGUACACACACAGACGUUCCUACACGGUAGAGAUGCGUCCCAGAAUUCAGAUCAAAUAUGUAACCGACCACAUGAAAUAUAUAGAGGAAAAGAUAAAAGCCAUUAAACCUGUGGUUAAAGCUUUGCAAAUUGCUGUAGAAAAAAGUAAGACUUGGUUAGAAGAUAAAAGUGACAACAAAUCGUUGACAUAUAGCGAUCUUUGUCAAGAACUUGAAUCAGCUACCCUGACAAUGUUGGAUGUAGCGGCUCACAUAUUAGACGAAAAUAACGACAAUGUUGAUACUAAAGAAGAAACGUCAUUUUCAUCUAAGUCAACGCAACAAACAGCAACAGAAAAACUUGACCAAAGUCAGUCAACAUGUGAAAUUCUUAAAGAACAUUUUGACCCAUCAGAAAUAUUAAGUCGACUUGAGCAGAUAGAGACAGCCAUAUCUUCUCUACAAGACGUCAGUCGACUUGAGCAGAUAGAGACAGCCAUAUCUUCUCUACAAGACGUCAGUCGACUUGAGCAGAUAGAGACAGCCAUAUCUCCUCUACAAGACGUCAGUCGACUUGAGCAGAUAGAGACAGCCAUAUCUUCUCUACAAGACGUCAGUCGACUUGAGCAGAUAGAGACAGCUAUAUCUUCUCUACAAGACGCCAGUCGACUUGAGCAGAUAGAGACAGCCAUAUCUUCUCUACAAGACGUCAGUCGACUUGAGCAGAUAGAGACAGCCAUAUCUUCUCUACAAGACGUCAGUCGACUUGAGCAGAUAGAGACAGCUAUAUCUUCUCUACAAGACGUCAGUCGACUUGAGCAGAUAGAGACAGCCAUAUCUUCUCUACAAGACGUCAGUCGACUUGAGCAGAUAGAGACAGCCAUAUCUUCUCUACAAGACGUCAGUCGACUUGAGCAGAUAGAGACAGCCAUAUCUUCUCUACAAGACGUCAGUCGACUUGAGCAGAUAGAGACAGCUAUAUCUUCUCUACAAGACGUCAGUCGACUUGAGCAGAUAGAGAAAGCCAUAUCUUCUCUACAAGACGUCAGUCGACUUGAGCAGAUAGAGACAGCCAUAUCUUCUCUACAAGACGUCAGUCGACUUGAUCUUAUAGAGACAACCAUGUAUUCCAUACAAGUCACCAAUAUCAAGUCUACAGAUGACAUAUCAGAAAUAAAACAAUGGAGAGACAGCUUAGUAAGAGAACUGAGUGAAAUGGGGGUAAACAUUGAAAAACUAAAUAAAAAACAAAAGCAGAUUUUUAAAAGCUUUAGAAAGCAAAUUAGUGAACAAUAUUCCAAAAUGAAGGAGCUAAACAAAGAAAUUGAAAAUUUAAAAGAAUUAGAGUCAAAGACAUCGCUAGAUAUGAAAAAAUAUGAAAACUAUUUACUCAAAAUAGAUAAGGAGAUGCAAAAUCAAACAGAUAAAACAGACAAUAUGAAAAAAGAAAUGAAAAUACAUUCUGAUCAGAUUAAUUUUUUACAAGAAGAUACCAAUAAAAUCAUGGUUAAUACAUCAACCAAACUUGAGGAGGUGCAAUCAAAGCACAGUGUGAUGUACAAACUCCUACAACAAAGGUUGAUGCCCAUUGACAAACUGAUUCAAAUCUUUAACCAGAACUUGGAAACUAAAGAAGAAAGAACACAGAAGCUUGACACUAUUGAAAAUACAAUUUCAAAGUUGUCCGAACAUUUUGCUCUAAUCGAGCCACGUGUAAAUAAAAGAUAUGUUUGUUGUUUGGAAAUCAACGAAUCUACACGUGUCAGUACUAGAUCAAACAUUUCAACCUUUGAUGAAGUACGUGAAUAUAACGGUCAACAUUUUAAUCAAACAACAGGAAAAUUUGUAUCACCACAUGAUGGUUUAUAUCUUGUCUGUGUCACUCUAUAUGAAAGUAAAGAUAAAAUUAUUGUAGUUGGUGUGAGGAUUGGAGAGAGGCUGUGUACUAGUAUACGAGUAAGCUCUGCUGACACAAGCGCUGCUGGGUCAGUGGUUGUUGACAUGAAGGAGGGGGAAGAACUUUACUUUGAAGUAAUCGGAGCAGAUCAAAACGCAGUGUUAUCCUGGUUUAGUAGUUUCACUAUCGUUAGUUUAUAGAAGUAAAACACAAAACAUGAUUGACAAUACAUUUUUAAAACAUUAAAAUAUGCAACCACUAUAUUAAAC